AUGACUCCUGGUAUAUCGAGUGCACCCGGAACAUUUCAAAAUUAUAUGGAAAAUCUACUUGCUGGCAUACCCAACGUUGCAAUCUAUUUCGACGACAUAGGCAUUCCAGGUCCAGAUGAAGAUAGCCAUCUAAGAUCAUUAAGAGAAGUUUUUAAACGUCUGCGUGAAGCUGGUUUUCGUAUCGAAAAGAACAAAUGUAGCUUUUUUCAAGACAGUAUCGACUAUUUGGGCCAUCAAUUCAACCGAAAAGGGAUCUAUCCAGUGGAAGACAAGCUGAUAGCAAUAAAAAAUGCUGCAAUACCCACUAACAAGAAGGAGUUACGAUCCUUUCUGGGAUUGGUCAAUUUUUACGAGAAAUUCAUACCCAACUUACAUGAAGCAUGUUCCGAACUACACGCAUUAACUGGUACAAAGUCGCAAUGGCGAUGGUCAAUAAAGGAACAGAAACAAUUUGAUAAUGUUAAACAUAUGAUAGCUAGCGCCCGUCAUCUAACUCCUUACGAUCACACAAAACCGCUUUAUUUGGCAACAGACGCAUCCGAUGUAGGCCGUGGUGCUGUUUUAUAUCAUCAGGACGAGGCUAACAACGAGUUACCUAUCGCCUACGCGUCACGAAAAUUGAACGAAGCAGAACAAAAAUACGCUACCAUUAACAAGGAGGCAUUAGCAAUAUUUUUCGCCGUGAAGAAAUUUGAUCCAUAUUUACGUGGGACAAAGUUUACAUUAAUUACGGAUCACAAGCCGCUUCAACACCUGUUGGGAGACAAACGAAAUUUGCAAAAAAUCGUAAACAACCGUCUGACGAGAUGGGCACUAAUGUUAGGUGCAUACAAUUACGAUAUACAGUAUCGUCAAGGCAAAUACAAUAUUCUAGCUGAUUGCUUAUCACGCUUACCAAACGCACAUGAAGCAAUUUCGGAGGAAGCGCAGAAGAUUCAUAAAAUUUAUGCGGUAAUUCAAAUACGGAAGCUUGAUGAUAUUGUACUAACAGAACAGGAACUUAGGAAGCAGACGAAAUAUAACCUAAUAUUACGACGAGUAAUUGAGUUAAUUGAGCGUCACUGGCCAGACACGAAGUGUAUCAACAACGAGCUGAAACCAUACUACGACAAACGGGAGGAACUAUCAUACGAAAACGGUAUUUUGAUGUGGCAAGGACGAAUUAUCGUGCCCGAUAAUCUUCAAGAAGUAACAUUGAGGCAUCUUCAUAGAGGGCAUCCAGGCAUUGGCUCUAUGCGUGCGUCAGCGAGGUACUAUCUAUGGUGGCCGAACAUCGACAAGGACGUGGAACAUACAGUGAAAUCAUGCAUGGCAUGUCAACGGCAACGCCCAAAACAAUCUGAACUGCCAGUCUACUUUUGGUCCCUGCCAGAGCAUUGUUGGCAACGACUGCAUGUGGACUUUGCAGGUCCCUUCGAAGGAAAAAUGUGGAUUGUGCUUGUUGAUGCUUUAUCAAAGUGGGUAGAAGCAGAUGUACUUUAUGCUGCCACCACAAGAACUUUGUGCGAAUUCCUAGAGGAGAAGUUUAUAACAUUUGGUUAUCCGGAAAUUAUCGUGUCGGAUAAUGGUAGUCAAUUUACGUCAGAAGAGUUUCGAAAUUAUUGUCAAAGUCAUGGAAUAAAACAUGUAAUGUCUUCACCGUACCAUCCGAAAACCAACGGACUAGCCGAACGAUUCGUACGAACAUUCAAGGAGCGCAUGAAAGCCAGUGAAUAUGAUGGUUUAUCACAACGUCAGCGCUUGCGCACAUUUCUAUAUACAUAUCGAAACACACCACACUCCUUUACAGGGAAGGCACCAUCUGAAUUUUCGCUAGGUCGACGCCUGCGAACUUUAUUUAACAAUCUGAAGCCUAAUGUACGGCGAGAGAUGCAUUUUAAACAUGUCAAACAAAAUCUUCAAGCAGAGCAGUCUAACAGAGAGUUCCAACCAGCACAACCAGUAUUCGUAAAGACAGACAUCGAGAAAAUGUGGGAACCAGCCAACAUAGUCGAAAGAACAAAUCGAUAUUCCUACCGUGUUCGAACAAAGGACGGUGUAGAAAGAAGACGAAAUGCAGAUCAUAUCCGAGAAUGGAGGGUAAUACCACCAUCAAUCGACUUCCGGGAUGUCUCAGAUUUUAGGCGAAACAGUUUCCAUUACCAAUCUGCAAGCCCGACAGCAGAUGAUGAACAGGAACAUCAGCAGUCUAUGCAGUCCGCUAUACCGUCGCAUGAAAACGGAAACAUGAGUGAACAAGGACAACACACCGAAGCACAACAAAUUGAACAUCCAGUACGGCGAAGCCAACGGCUAAGAAAUCGACCCAAGAGACUAGUCGAAGAGAUGUAA